GUGCGAUUCGUCGAUCCCGGCAAACCUCGGUCCAAAAGCUUACCCCAGAUUCGACUCUCCACCCCCACAGCCGACUACUUUAUAGCCGCGCGACACCUUCACAAUGCAGGCCUUCACCGAGCUUCACUACAGUUACUCUCGCCAUGUCUUCUACAGCUUACGUCCCGUUCUCUGAACCGGGCUACAUCACCGGCCUGCCCUCCCCAUACUACCAGGAAACGCAUCUGCGAUGGCAGAAAGCGUGCCGCGAGUUCGUCGACAAGCAUCUGAUUGAGAAGGGCCUCGAAUGGGACACAGAGGAGACAGUGCCGCCGCACGUCUUCGAGACGUUUGCGAAGGCGAACAUGCUGCUCCCAACGCUGCCCGCGCCGCUGCCUGUCGAGUGGCUCAAGAAGCUGGGUAUUACCGACAUCCUCGGUGCCGUCAAGGUCGACGAAUGGGACUACAUCCACACCAUGAUCUACGCGGACGAGAUGGCGCGCACCGGCCUCGCAGGCCCCAGCGGCAGCCUCACAACCGGCAUGGCCUUCGGCGUACCCCCAAUCAUCAAAUACGGCUCCCAGCAGCUGCAAGAGCGCUUCCUCCCCGACCUCCUGACCGGCCGCAAGCGCACCUGCAUCGCCAUCACCGAGCCCGAGGCCGGCUCCGACGUCGCCAACAUCACGACCACGGCCGUCAAGACCCCCGACGGGAAACACUACAUCGUCAACGGCUCCAAGAAAUGGAUUACCAACGGCAUCUGGUCCGAGUACAGCUCCAUGGCAGUGCGCACGGGCGGCCCCGGCCCGGCCGGCCUGUCGAUGCUCGUGGUCCCGCUGAAGGGCAAUCCGGGCGUCAACAUGCGGCGGCUCAAGGUCGGCGGGCAGGUCAGCGCGGGGACCACGUUCAUCGAGCUCGACGACGUCAAGGUGCCGGUCGAGAACCUGAUUGGCGAGGAGGGCAUGGGCAUGAAGUACAUCAUGACCAACUUCAACCACGAGCGCCUCACGAUCGCGAUUGGGGCGACACGACAGGCACGUGUUGCGCUGGGCGCGGCCAUGGAGUACGUGCUCAAGCGCGAGGCGUUCGGCAAGCCGCUCGUGGACCAGCCUGUUGUGCGCCACCGGCUGGCGAAGGCGGGUGCCCUGCUCGAGAGCCAGUGGGCGUGGGUCGAGCAGUUCGUGUACCAGAUGACGAAGCUGCCGAAGGCGACGGCGGACAUUGAGCUCGGCGGCUUGACGGCCAUGGUCAAGGCACAGUCGGGUAUUGUGCUGAACGAGUGUGCGCAAACGGCACAGUUGCUCUUCGGCGGGAACGGGUACACAAAGAGCGGGCAGGGCGAGCUCAUUGAGCGCAUCUACCGCGAGGUACCUGGUAUUCGGAUUCCCGGUGGGAGUGAGGACGUCAUGCUCGACCUAGGUGUGAGACAGCUUGUUAAGAACUUCAAGAGCAAGACGAAGGCUAUGGAGAGACCUAAGGGCUCGUCGAAGUUGUAGGUUGGAAGCACUUGAUCAUAUGAUCAAGACGUGAUUCGUUCAUCUAUUUGUGCCUGAAGCUUCUUCACCGUUGAUCGUGUGUGGUAUCCCGUGUCCCUCUCGAUAUCCUUCAACACGUUCCAUACCCGCGCCUUCUGUGAUAUGGUUUUAAUGUGCUUAGCAGCUGCCCGAGGUCAGCGGAAUCAAGAACAUGGAGCUGAUAUACCAU